AUGGCAGGACGUCACUCCGCUUCACCAAAUGAGGAAGAUGAAAUGCGGAUAUCUGAUGAACCUCAAGCUCUACGUGUGGAAUUAGAAUUGGCCGAAGAAUUCCGAUCCAUAAACAAAAGACUCGAUGAGCGAUUCCGUCAACUUGAGGAAAAGGUUUUCCUGCACAAGAAACAGACGAGCGCUACUGCGAGCCAAGAUGUAACAUUAAGUGACGUAAGUACUUCAAUUUCUGCAUAUUAAUUGAGCUGUUAAUCCGAAGUUUUACAGCUCGAAAGAUACUUCCGGGAUGACAAGAAAGAAGUUCUUAAGCACGAGAACGAAGAACUGAGGGACGAAAUUGACCGUUUGGUAGCCGAUGGAAAGAAACACCAUGAUACGUUCCACGAACUGGAGGUCGAGUAUAAACAUUCUCAACACCUCCUCGCGAUGUCAGCUGAAAAACACAAUAAUCUUCUUCAUAGAGCUAAGACUCGUGAAAGGGAGUUUGGGAAAGAAGCCGAAUCUGUAGCGAGGGAGAUGGAUGACUUGAAAAACAGGAAUCAGUCGUUGGUGUCUCAAAAUAAAGCACUUCAAGAGAAUGUCAGGAAGCUCCGGGAUGUCAUCUCCAGCAGAUCAAAGGAGAAGGAAUUUAUGGAAAAAUCCAAAUCUUUAGCGAUGGAGAUGGAUGACUUGAGAAAGAGUAAUCAGUUGUUGGAGUCUCAAAUUGAAGCCCUUCAAGAGAAUUGCAAGAAGCUCAAGGGCAUCAUCGUGAGCGGAUCAACGGAAAAGGAAUCUGGGACAAAAUCCGAAUAUACAGCAAAGGAGAUAGAUGACCUAAAAAGCAGUAACCAGUCGUUGGAAUCUCAAAUCAAAGUCCUUCAAGAGAACUCCAAGAACCUCCGGCGUAUGAUCCUCAGCAAAUCAAGAGAAAGGGGCGAAGAGAUUGACGACGGCACUGUCACUGCGGCAUUUUUUUCGUUUGCGAGAUCUCAUCCAACGAGUCAUUCAGAGGUAUUAUUUCUUCGAUCCCACGGUCCAAACUCCUAGAUCUACGAGCAAAACACCCCGGUUCUUCAGAGAUAUAUUUGACUACUGGGCUGAUAGUCCAACUUUGGAACAACUUGGAAUGAGAGUGCGGGCAAUGAUAUUCCAGAUCAUCAACGGCGAAAUUUUGAAUAAGCCCCACUUUGGCCUGGAGUCUGAAAGCUUUUCGGAAAUGGAAGUCCAGCUGGCGAAAUUUGAGAUGGUAAUUUUGGAGUAUGCCCCUAGUAAGUACGGAGGUUAUAAAUUGGAGAGUUGUUCCCACUGACACCGCAUAGAGAGUGAAAAAGAAAUCGUUGAAUGGAGAGUCCACACGGUAAAAUGUGCAUCCCUUCUCAAGAGUGACCAGCCCCAAUCCUUGAAAGUUGCAGCAGCGAUAUGGGAUCACAUGGAUCCAUUCAUGCGUCGAGAGUACACCGACAAGAAUGGCUAUGGAAGUCAGCAGCACACCAAUCCGUGGGAAGAAGUAUGCGACGCAGCUGCGAAAUCUGCUUUGCUUGUACGAAAGAGCAAGGAUGGCUACAAAUGCGAGACGCCGAGACCUGGAACAGAAUUCUCAGAGGCGGAAAUGUCUAUUCAAUACAUGGAGAAGGGAGAAUUUGAAAGCGCAGAAGAUAGUGCCGUGGUCUUAUUUGCAAUCUCUGGGGCGCUGGUCAAAUACCCGGAGUACAGUGCCAGUGAGCGAUUGGUUCUUGACAAGGCAUACGUUGUCGCUCGCCAACGAUCGUCACUUGUAUGAAGUUAGGAAUUGUAUAAUGGCAGUAGGUAUUCAUUCCACUCGGACUUCUUAUUGGAUAGAAAGAGUAGGAAGGGAGUUGAGUAAUAAAAGUAGCAAGGUACCGGAAGAAUUUGCCAAAGUCUGUACUAAUAAUGAUCUACUUCUGUCCAUCGCAUCAUUGAAUCACCUUGGCCACUGGCCUACUCUUGAACCAUUGAAUUGACAUGGUCUACACUCAUUUCCCCUCCUCUACUUCUCCAACAUUCUCCCCUUCUACAACACGCUCCCCAUCUAUAACACGCUCCCCUUCUACAACACUCUCCCCAGCUACAACACUCUCC